AUGUGCAAACUAGACUACUAUAAACAAACGUCAGCGGGUCUAGACUCACGCUGCCUUCGCUCUCAAUCUGUCGACCAGGAGCCUCUUCUGUCAGUUUCACCAUCCUUCAACCAUCUAGAUUGCAUCCUGAUCAUGGCUGUGACCAACCAACCAGGCAGAUACGCACCCUCCGACUUCCAGACGGGCUUGUGUGAUUUCUGCGAUGACUGUGGAACUUGCUGCUACGGUCUGUUCUGCUACGCGUGCCUCGGCUGCUCCAUCGCCAGUGCCAUGGACGAGUGCUGCCUGUGUGGUCUGACCGUGACAAUGCGUAGCGUCUACAGGACCAAAUACAACAUCAAUGGCUCGAUGUGCAACGACUUCAUGACAGUCUUGUGCUGUCCAGUCUGUUCCACCUGCCAACUGAAGAGAGAUAUUGACCGCAGGAAGGAGCAAGGCUCUUUCUGAACGGACGCCGUCGCCUGACAAGUUGUAAACGUGGAUUGCCGAGCUCGUGGAAGCAUCUGUAGAUACAGCCCAUCCCCUCUCUGAUUCAAAUGUUCAUGGAGGGUGUAUUCAGUAUAAUUUAGCCGUUUAUGGUGUUGUAAAAAUGGACUAUCCUUCAGAUUCUUUUCUUGAAAGAAAUGACAUUCAUCUCUUCCAGUCAGUUAAGCAUUAGUCAGCAGGGACACACCACAGGAGUGGUUAACAGCGUCAUGAUUCACCGCUUGUGGAUCUCUGUCUGUGUUGUCUUUAGCAGUUGACAGGAUGUGGAUUAAAUGUGUUCCUUAAAUAAAAACCGUUAUAUUUGAA